AUGUCAUCAGAUACUAGUAUUAACAAAACCUCACCUCAAAGAAAUUUUCGGCCAAGUUGGAAAAAUGAGUAUUCUUGGCUGGAAUAUGAUGCCCAAAACAAUCUGAUGUUUUGCACAUUAUGUCGUGCUUAUAAUAAAAAAAAUACUUUUGGAACAAAUGGCAAAGUUAGUGCUAUAAAAGAUCAUAUGAAAACGAGAGAUCAUUCUAAAUCAUAUAAACAAAAUAAAAUUACAAAUGUGCCGCCAGAACAUAUUAUAAGUUUAAUGAAGAUAGUAUAUUGUAUGGCAAAAGAUGAUCUUCCAUUAAAUAAAUUUAAACAUCUUACUCAUCUUGGCCAACUAUUAUAUUCUAUAUCUUCUUCAAUUGAAAAUAACAUCUGGAGAGAAUUGUCUCUUGCAUCAGCUAUUGGAAUUAUAGUUGAUGAAAGUACCGAUAUUGCUAUGGAAUCUCAUAUUAUAAUCUAUGUUAGAUAUUUUAUUAAUGGGAUUAUAAAAAUACGAUUUUUAAGCUUAUUAGAAAUUAAAGCUAAAGAUGCAAAAUCAAUAUAUAAUACAAUAAUUAAACAGUUUAUUGUAAAAACAAAAAAUUAUUUAAAUAUUAAUAAUAAUUAUCUCAAAUUAAGUACUAAUCUAAAUAAAUUUUUUAUUUCUAUGCCUCCUAAAAAGAAUACAAAAAUCAGUUCUCAUUUACUUAUUUGGACAUUAGAUCAAGAAAGUAAUUUAAUGAUGGAUAUUACAAGUUUUACUUCUAUAUUAAUUUUAGAGAUUCAAAAGCAAUUUCAAUGUAAUCCUUUUAUUAAUGCUAUGAAAAUAUUUAGAUUAUCAGAUAAGUUAUUAAAUAGUCAAAAUAUUUUAGAAUUUGGUAAUGAAGAAUUAGAAUUAUUACUUGAUUUUUAUAAUAAAUCUCAACUUCCUUUAUUUCUACUAGCAAUAGUUAAUCCUAAUGAUACAUGUAAAAAUGAAUGUGAACAUGGUUUUUCUAAACAGAAUUUAAUUAAGACUAAAUUGCGUAAUGCUAUAAACCCUGAUACAUUACAUAUGUUGAUGAUGAUCGGAUUAGAAGAAACUGAUAUAACAGAAUUUAAUUUUAACGAUGCAUUAAAUAUUUGGUAUAGAAGCAAGAAAAGAAGAAUAAAGUAA